GAGUCAGAGCGUGUCACGUGGUGCCGGAAAUAAAGUGCGCAGCUGUUGAUCGAGCUGAUCACAGUAAUAAACACUCACAUUAAUAACACACACAACACUCCUUUAUUACAACUGAAAUUGAGUUGCGUUGAUAUUCACAGCUGCUUUAUUUAAAGAUUCAUCAGUGGGUUUGAGAUGGCGCUGAACCAAAACCAUCAUCCGAACGGAGGAGUUCUGAUCCAGGCCGGAGAGAGCAUCUUACGAGAAUGUAAGAACGUUGAACUUACCUUCAGUGAUGUCACGCCCAAGAACGACCUGUUCAAGGGGACGAAGAAGGGCUCCGUCUACCUCACUCAAUACAGGUGUGUGUUUCAGAUGGUGUUUAUGUGCAGUAAUGUGAAGGAGAAGUUCUGCUCCUUCAUGUUUCCAUACUACCUGAUGAAGAACUGCAGUAUUGAACAGCCUGUUUUUGCUGCCAACUACAUUCAGGGUUUGAUCAAAGCUGAAGCAGGAGGUGGCUGGGAGGGUCAGACAAACUUCAAGAUGUCUUUCCCCAGUGGAGGCGCUAUAGAGCUCGGACAACACCUCUUCAAACUGGCCACUAACGCGUCUCGGGCUCCAGCGGUUCACAAUGGCACCGCAGCGUUUGGAUUGGCUGCAGGUAUGAAUGGAUAUGCCAGUCCAGCGAUGCCACAGCCUUACCCGUAUCCCAGCAUGCCACAGGCUGGGUACAACCCAUAUCCAUACACCCCCACUGCUGCACCAGGUGUGUAUCCCAGCGCUCCCAUGUACAUGGCUCCUCCUCCUCCAUAUCCCGGACCACCACAGAACUGGUGCCCUCCUCCAGGAAACACAAAGGCAGCAGAAGCGGCCAGCAGCGCAUUUUACAACCCCAGUAACCCUCACAGCGUCUACAUGCCCAUGGAUCAGCCGCCUCCAUAUUACCCUCCGGAGAAUCCCGACAAGAAGAGCAACUGAAACAAACAUCAGCUCUUCUGUAUCGAAUCAUAUUACAAUAAAUAAUCCUGCUGUGGGUUUCUCAAACUCAUCUUCAACUAUCUUCAUAUAUACAACUAUUAUUUCAGUAUUUAAUCAUGAGCAUAAAAAUUAACAGUUUCUAUUUCUGCUCAUUCUGAUUUUAAUCCUAAUGAAGUGUGUGUAAGUUCAUUUGAUUAUAAAAUAAUAUUAAUGAUGAACGUCAGAGUAGAACUGAAGCAUUAAUGUGUCUUUAUUCAGUGUGUGAGUGUGUUUUCUCUCUCGUUUGAUUAAAUGCUUGUAAACUUCACUUUCUUACAAGUGGAUCUUAUAGACUGAUGAAUAAAGUUCUUAUAUUCUCAA